CCUAGCACGAGCUCUUGAGUUGAUCAUUACUUAGUUUUCAAGCAGGGUUACCGGAGAAUAACGCACUGGGGCCAGUGUUUAUCUCUACACCCAGUUCGUUGAGAAGCGGCUUUAAACCUCAAGUUUCCGGUAGAGCCAAGAGACAUUUCAGGUCUGAAUGCCAUCCCGUUUCUAGCGAGGACACACGGCUCAGCUACGAGCUAAAAAACAAACAAGACAAGAUGACCGGCAUCCACGUGGAGGGACUGGCGGCGAUCGCCCUCUUCUACGUUCUAAUCCUCGCGGUGGGGAUCUGGGCAGCGUGGAAGAACAAACACGCCGGGGAAGCGGAGGGUACAGACCGCAGUGAAACCAUCAUGGUCGGUGGCAGAGACAUUGGUUUAUUUGUAGGGGGUUUUACCAUGACCGCGACCUGGGUUGGUGGUGGAUAUAUCAACGGAACAGCGGAGUACGUCUAUCUUCCUGGGUAUGGCUUGGCUUGGGCACAAGCGCCUUUUGGAUAUGCGCUAAGUCUAGUCGUAGGAGGCCUGUUCUUCGCCAAGCCCAUGCGUUCUCGAGGUUAUGUCACCAUGCUGGACCCUUUCCAGCAGAAGUAUGGGAAGAGAAUGGGUGGUCUGCUCUUCAUACCUGCUCUAAUGGGAGAGAUCUUCUGGUCUGCGGCCAUUUUAUCUGCUCUGGGAGCCACGCUGAGUGUGAUCAUAGACAUAAACAUCAAGAUGUCUGUGGUGAUCUCUGCCUGUAUUGCCAUCUUCUACACGUUAGUUGGAGGUCUGUAUUCUGUAGCGUACACCGACGUGGUGCAACUCUUCUGUAUCUUCCUGGGAUUGUGGGUUUCAGUACCGUUCGCUCUGAACAACCCAGCCGUGUCUGACAUCAAGAUCAGUGCAGUGAAGGAGAUCUACCAAGCUCCCUGGAAGGGAAACAUCAAGAGAGAAGACACCUGGGUCUGGAUAGACAACUUCUGUCUGCUGAUGUUGGGGGGGAUUCCCUGGCAGGUGUAUUUUCAACGAGUUCUCUCUGCCUCUUCAGCUUCGUACGCCCAGGUGCUCUCGUUCAUCGCUGCUGCAGGGUGCCUGGUCAUGGCUGUGCCCUCAGUAAUGAUCGGGGCUAUAGGGGCUUCCACAGACUGGAACCAGACUGCGUAUGGACCUGUACCUCCCAAGGAGAGGGACCAGGCAGACAUGAUAUUACCCAUAGUCCUCCAGUACCUCUGUCCUCCCUUCGUCUCCUUCUUCGCUGGGGCGGUCUCUGCUGCUGUGAUGUCAUCCGCCGACUCCUCCAUCCUAUCGGCUAGCUCCAUGUUCGCUCGGAACAUCUACCAGCUGGCCUUCCGCCAAUCGGCAUCGGACACGGAGAUCGUGUGGGUGAUGCGCGUCACCAUCUUUGUGUUCGGCGGCCUGGCCACGGCGAUGGCGCUGCUAACGGGGACGGUGUACGGGUUGUGGUACCUGAGCUCCGACCUGGUCUACGUUAUUAUCUUCCCUCAGCUCAUCUCCGUCCUCUUCGUCAAGGGAACCAACACAUACGGUUCCGUCGCAGCUUACGCCUUCGGUCUGUUCCUGAGGAUCGGAGGAGGGGAACCUUACCUCUCACUACCCCCUUUCAUCUACUACCCAGGUUGGCAGCUGGAGGACCGGAUUCAUCAUCUGACCGGAGAGGUGGAACACAUAGUGGUGCAGAAGUUCCCGUUUAAAACCGUCUCCAUGUUAGCCUCGUUCUUAGGCAACGUGGCUUUCUCCUACCUGGCCAAGUAUCUGUUUGAGAGCGGCAAGUUGUCGGCCAAGUACGACUUCUUGGACGCGGUGUUGGCCCAGCACAGCAUAGAGAACAUGGACAAGACCACGUUGGUCAAUGGUAACGACAUGGCGUUGUCUGAGAUGGCGCCUGUCAAACCGCGGCUCAGCGUUCAACUGGCCGCUACAUUCACCCGUAGAGACACUCUGGCCGAGGAGGACUCUAGUCCUGAAGACAGCCCCAACCACAAGACCCUGGACUAAACC